AAUCGGGUCGGAUAUACCCGAAACGAACCCACUCGGCCCUCUUUGAAAAUCUACCUAUCCACUUUCUAUCUCCCUCCCCGACCUCUUUCCCGUCGGAGGCCACUCCCUGUAGCAGCGGUAAAUCAGAGUAAAGCUUUCUCCCAGCCCAAAUUCCCGGUCGUUCUUUAUCUUUCUCCGCAAUGAAUUGCUCAAUUUCCGGCGAGGUGCCAGAGGAGCCUGUUGUUUCACUGAAGUCUGGGCUUCUAUUCGAUAAGCGUUUAAUCGAACGACACAUCUCGGACUAUGGUAAAUGUCCAGUUACUGGAGAGCCUCUUACAGUGGAUGAUGUAGUCCCGAUCAAAACAGGAAAGAUUGUGAAGCCCCGAUCUGUUCAGGCUGAAAGCAUUCCGGGGAUGUUGGGAAUGUUUCAGAUUGAAUGGGAUGCUCUGAUGCUAUCCAAUUUUGCAUUGGAGAGCCAAUUGCAUAAUGCAAGACAAGAGUUAAGCCAUGCACUAUAUCAGCAUGAUGCUGCUUGCCGUGUGAUUGCAAGGUUGAAAAAAGAAAGGGAUGAGGCAAGGUCGUUGCUUGCAUUGGCUGAAAGACAGAUACCCAACACAGCAGCCAUUGAAGUUGCUGCGAGUGCCUCAUUAAGCAAUGGGAAAAGAGCCGCUGAAGAUACGGAGAUGGAUCCCGGAGGCAAAAAAAUCCGUCCAGGAAUUUCAUCAGCAAUUAUUACAGAGCUGUCAGAUUGUAAUACCACCCUUUCACAGCAUAGGAAAAAGCGACAGAUUCCACCAACAUUGGCUUCUAUAGACAGUCUAGAGAGAUACACCCAGCUGAAUAGUCACCCUCUUCACAAAACCAACAAACCAGGGAUACUAUCUUUGGAUAUCUAUUGCCCUAAGGACAUCAUUGCUACUGGUGGAGUCGACACUAAUGCUGUUGUCUUUGACCACAACUCAGGACAGAUAAUAUCUACACUAAGUGGUCAUUCAAAGAGGGUUAACAGUGUGAAAUUUGCUCGUGAAAGCGAAACUGUGAUUACAGGUUCUGCUGAUAAGACUGUCCGUUUAUGGCAAGGAUCUGAAGAUGGAAGCUAUGCCUGUAGACAUGUACUGAAGGAUCACACAGCUGAGGUGCAAUCUGUCACUGUUCAUGCAACCAAUAAUUACUUUGUUACGGCUUCCCUUGAUAAUACAUGGUGCUUUUAUGGGCUUUCUUCAGGUUUAUGCCUUGCUCAGAUCGGAGACCCUUCAGAAUCUGAUGGCUAUACGUCUGCAGCCUUUCAUCCGGAUGGUCUGAUUCUUGGAACUGGCACAGCAGGAGCUACCGUAAAGAUAUGGGAUGUAAAGAGUCAGGCAGUUGUCGCACAAUUUGAUGGCCAUGUUGGAGCUGUUACAUCCCUCUCUUUCUCUGAAAAUGGUUAUUUCUUGGCAACUGCAGCUGUAGACGGAGUUAAGCUCUGGGAUUUACGCAAAUUGAGGAAUUUCAGGAACUUCUCUUCUUAUGAUGAAAAUACACCAACCCAAACCGUGGAAUUUGACCACAGUGGAAGUUACCUGGCAUUGGGAGGCUCAGAUAUAAGGGUGUAUCAAGUUGCAAGUGUCAAGUCGGAAUGGAAUAGCAUCAAAACAUUACCUGACUUGUCAGGCACAGGCAAAGCCACAUGUCUGAAAUUCGGCCUGGACGCAAAAUACAUAGCGGUUGGAUCAAUGGACAGAAAUCUCAGAAUAUUCGGUUUGCCCGGGGACAAAGGUCGUCUACAAGAAGAUUAAUUCUCAUCUCUCACGAUUCUGCCCUUCAGUCUUCAUUAGCACUUUCUACAUGUCUUUGUAUGUUUUUUUAAUGUUAAGCCAUUGAUCUGUAGUACUCGUACGACAUUGCCACACGAAAAAGAAUUCUACUUUUAAUCUUAAAUCGAGUGUUAUUUGAAACAUCAUUAUUCAUUAGUGUUCUCGAAUGAUAAAAGGAAGAUAUAUUA